GAAAGAGGAGCUACAGGCACAGAAAAGAGAGAGAGGGAGGAAGCAAAGGCACUCCUUUAAUAAGGUCUGGCUUUAAAACAGCCUGAGAAGUGCCACAUCUGGAAGCGGAAACUUAAAAUAACUGAGGCACCACUAAACCAGAAGGGGGGCCACUGAUUAAAGCAGAAGUAAACACAGGGACGAAAAGAGCAGCAAGAUCAUCGGUGGAUGUGAGGGGAGGAGAUGGCAUUGAUCUUGGCCUGGCCCCUGGUUUUUCCUAUCUUCUUCCUGGGAUAUUUCUCCUUAAACUCUGCUUCGACCGAGGGCAAUGUUUUUCAUUUUGACAUUGAAGGGAGCUCAGCAGUCAGUAGCCAAGAGGACACACUUCUCAGAGAGCAGCAGCAGUCUGUAGCUUUUGGAAGUUGGCCGCACUUUGCUGAGAGAUGCCAAGAAGGGUUUUUUCGAACGUUUUCAGGAGAAUGCAGCCCUUGUGAUUGCAACAACAAUGCAUUCAGGUGUCUUGAUGGAUCUGGAGUUUGUCUAGAUUGCCAACGAAACACAACUGGAGACCACUGUGAAAAAUGUCCUGAUGGCUACCUGGGUGAUGUCGCCAGGGGAGCGCCCACUUUUUGCCAACCGUGCCCGUGCCCUUUGCCACUGCUUGCCAACUUUGCAGUCUCCUGCUACAGAAAAAAUGGAGUGGUACGCUGUAGGUGCAAAGAAAAUUAUGCAGGGCCAAAUUGCGAAAGGUGUGCCCCCGGUUACUAUGGAAACCCCUUGCUCAUUGGCAGUUCCUGUAAAAAAUGUGACUGCAGCGGCAAUUCGGAUCCUAAUCUAAUCUUUGAGGACUGUGAUGAAGUGACCGGCCAAUGUCGCAACUGCAUGCGCAACACAACAGGGUUCAAUUGUGAACUAUGUGCUCCUGGUUAUUAUGGGGAUGCCAGAAUACCUAGAGGUUGCACAGUGUGCAGUUGUGGAGGAGGAACUUGUGACCGUCGUACAGGGGAGUGCCUAGGAGAACCUCCAAUGCCUCCUCCAGGGACAGAUUGCCCUGUUAUCAGCUGUGACAAAUGCAUCUGGGAUUUGACUGAUGAUAUCAGCUUGGCAGCUCAGUCCAUUGACGAAAGCAAAGCAACUCUGCUUAGCAUCUCCACUGGGGUUGCUGCUCACAGACACUUGCAUGACCUCAACUCCACUGCUUUCAUCCUCAAGGUAAAACUAUCCGAAAAGGAUAAUAAUUCUGUGCUGAUGAAGAGCCAGCUUGAUCAUGCUGCCAAUGAAAUGACUGAUCUUCUCAAAGAAAUCAACAAACUUGAUGAAAAGAGAAAUCAAGAAUCAAGAAAAGGCCUACUACUGCAGAAGAAAGCCAUGGAAAUCAUUGAUCGUGCUACUAUUCUUGUGCAGUCACUUGGAAAUAUGAUAGAUAAUAUCCAAGAAAUCAGCAGCAAGGUGGAAUAUUAUGGGGUUGAGCAUGAUCUGAGACCCGAAGAUAUCAUUCAGAAGCUUAAGGUAGCAGAAGAGAUGCUGAAGGAAAUCAGAGUCCGCAAACCAUUCACCAUUCAAAUGCAACUUGCAGGCGAAGAGUCUGAAGCAGCACAGGACUUGCUAAGACAAGUUGAACAGUGGCAGCAGAGACAUAAUGAAACCAGGUCUCUGAUCCCUGACAUACUGACCCAGCUUGCAGAGCACAGUACCAAACUCACAGACCUGCAAGAAGCCCUGGACCAAGCUGCUGAUUUUAUUCGCAAAACAGAAGCUAUGAAUAAGGAAAGCACAGCCAAACUCCAAGAGCAUGAGAAGCAACAAGAAAAACUGAUAGAACAGAUUAUCAACGUUAACAAUACCUUGGUAAUGGCUAAAGAUAUUUUAAACGUACCAGUCCAAAUCAACUUUGAAUUAAAUGAGGCAAUCAAGAAUGCAUCUGGGUUCUAUGCAGAAAUAGAUGGUGCUAAGAUACAACUACAGGACAAAAUUGCAAACCUCUCAAGAUUUGAUGAUGACUUGGUGCAAAGGGCAAUGGAGUAUGCAGAGGAUCUUCACGUUCGUGCAGAUGAGCUAGACAGGACCUUGCAUGGUAUAGAUACAAAUGGAUUAGUACAAAAAGCAUUAAAUGCUUCCAAUGUCCAUGAAAAUAUCAUAAAUUAUAUUAAUGAAGCCAAUCAAAUGUCUGUCUUUGCAUUAAACACUACAGAACGAGUCAGUGAUGCUGUUGUUGGAAUCGACACCCAGAUCAUUUACCAUAAAGAGGAAAGCAAAAAACUUCUCAAGCAAGCAAGAGAACAGCAACAGACAGCAUAUGCUAAUGAUUUAGCUGUUGCAGACACAGAGCGACGUGUUAAUGGGACUCUUGCCAGGAAGAAUCAUCUUAAAGGCCAUUUGAUGAAAGCCAUUACAAAAAUAGAGGCUUCAGAGCAAGAGAAUGCAAGACAGCGUUUGGAGCAGCUUAAAGUCAUUAUUAAUCAAGCUCUAAAUACUGCUGCAGCAGUAACUCAGACUACUGGUCCAAUGGCUGAUAAUCUGACCAAAUGGUCCCAAGAUCUGAGGAACUUCAAACCUGAAAGAGCAGCUUAUGAACGGGCCACAGUCACAACAAGGGAUACAGUGAAGCGCCUCACAGAAGUUGUCCCACAGUUGCUAGAUAAGCUGCGUACAGUAGAACAGAAGCAGCCAGCAAAUAAUGUCUCAGCCAGCAUCCAGAGGGUCCGAGAGCUCAUUGCACAGACAAGGAGUGUAGCAAACAAGGUUCAGGUCUCAAUGUCCUUUGAAGGUCAUUCAGCUGUUGAAGUCAAUCCCCAAGCAAUCACAGAAGACUUAAAAGCUUUCACGUCUUUGUCUUUAUAUAUAAUGCUUCACAAGGAGAAUCCAGAGCAAUCAGCACCUCAGGAUCAGUUCAUUCUUUAUCUAGGAAGCAAAAAUACAAAGAAUUAUCUGGGUCUUGCAAUUAAAAGUGACAACCUGGUAUACAUUUAUAAUUUGGGCAGUGGUGAUGUGGAGAUACCACUAGACUCCAAGCCAGUCAGCUCUUGGCCUCCCUACUUCAGUCUUGUUAAAAUCGAAAGGAUUGGAAAACAUGGCAAAGUUUUUCUCACUGUACCAAGCCUCAGCAGUACAGCUGAAGAAAAGUUCAUCAAAAAAGGAGAAGUACCUGGUGAUGAUUCUCUGUUGGAUCUGGAACCUAAAAAUACAGUUUUCUAUGUUGGAGGAGUGCCUCCAGAUUUUCAGCUCCCUCCAAGUUUGGACUUGCCCGGCUUUGCUGGCUGCUUGGAGCUUGCUACAUUAAACGAUGAUGUUCUCAGUUUAUACAAUUUCAAAAAUAUCUACAACAUCACCAGAUCUGUACCUUGUGCCAGGGAUAAGCUGGCCUUUACACAGAGCCGAGCUGUAAACUAUUUCUUUGAUGGCUCUGGUUAUGCUUUGGUGAGGAACAUUGAGCGAAGAGGCAAGUUUGGCCUAGUGACACGCUUUGAUAUAGAAGUUCGAACACCAACUGACAAUGGACUUCUCCUCCUGAUGGUUAAUGGAAGUAUGUUCUUCAGCCUAGAAAUGCAGAAUGGAUACCUGUAUCUACAGUAUGAUUUUGGCUUCAGCAAUGGCCCUGUAAUUCUUGAAGAUUCUAUGAAGAAGGCUCUGAUUAAUGAUGCAAAAUUCCAUGAGAUAUCUGUUAUAUACCAUAAUUCCAAGAAAAUGAUCUUGGUAGUGGAUAGGAGACACAUAAAAAGCAUGGAAAAUGAAAAGAAAAGCAUGCCAUUUACUGAUGUCUAUAUAGGAGGAGCUCCUAUUGAGAUUUUAAAAUCUAGCGGUGUCAGUUCUCACCUUGCAGUAAGUACAGGUUUUAGGGGCUGCAUGAAAGGUUUCCAGUUCCAAAAGAAGGACUUCAACUUGUUGGAAGAGCCAGGAACUCUGGGAAUUGGCUAUGGCUGUCCAGAGGAAUCACUUAUGUCCCGUAAAGCAUAUUUCAAUGGAGAAAGCUACAUUGCAUCAAGCCAGAAAAUUUCCUUUCACACAUUUGAAGGAGGCUUUAAUUUCCGAACUUUACAGCCAAAUGGAUUGCUGUUCUAUUGUGCUGAAGGAUCAGAUGUGUUCUCCAUUUCCAUGGAUAAGGGAGCUGUUGUUUUAAAUGCACAAGGUGUCAGACUUCAAGCAGCAGACAGAUCCUAUAAUGAUGGGAAAGCCCACUUUGUCAUUACUUAUGUCUCACCAGAAAGACUUGAGCUUUUGGUAGAUGAAAAAAGGCAGAGGAAAGAUAAUUCAGGAAAAAAUGGUAUUGAGGAAAAGCCUGCGAGCACCAAAAAAUUCUACUUUGGAGGCUCUCCCCUCAGUAGUGAAUUUGCCAAUUUUACUGGCUGUAUAAGCAAUGCCUAUUUCACAAGAGUGGAUCGAGAUGUUGAGGUGGAAGACUUCCAGCGGUACCCUGAGAAGAUCCAGGCAUCCCUUUAUGGAUGUCCUGUUGAAUCUCCCCCAGCUGCCUUGUUCCAUAAGAAAAGAAAAAAUUCCUCCAGAUCUAAAGAAGGUCAUAAUAAAAGGGUUGGAAAAGACAAUGAAGGUUCUUCACAGUUUCCAUCAAGUAUUAAAAAAAUAGACCAAGAACUGAGAACUUUGCAGGCCCCACACUGCCACUUAUCCAGUAGCCCCAAAGCAAUUGAACAUACCUAUCAGUUUGGAGGAACAGCAAAUAGCCGGCAAGAAUAUGAUUACUUACCAAAGGAUUUCAGUGAAAGAGCUCAAUUCUCCAUUAGCCUGAAGACUCAUUCAUCCCAUGGCAUGAUUUUCUACGUCUCUGAUCAAAAGGAGGAACAUUUCAUGACUCUCUUUAUUGCCCAUGGCCGUCUAAUUUUUAUGUUUAACAGUGGGAACCAAAAAUUAAGAAUCAGAACCCAAGAGAAGUACAAUGAUGAUCAAUGGCACAAUGUAAUGUUUGUUCGAGAGAAAAAUACUGGCCGUUUGGUGAUUGAUGGUCUCAGAGUACUAGAAGAGAGUAUUUCUUUAUAUGAUAAUAUAUGGCAAGUUACUAGCCCUUUUUAUAUAGGAGGUGUGGCACCAGGAAAAGCUGCCAAAAAUAUCCAGAUUAACUCGGUCUACAGUUUCAGCGGUUGCCUUGGCAGUCUACAGCUCAAUGGAAGGCCAAUCACUUCUCCUUCACAAACAUUUAGUGUAACACCUUGUUUUGAGGGACCAUCAGAGGAAGGAACAUAUUUUUCAACUGAAGGGGGAUAUAUUAUUCUUGAUGAAUCAUUCAGCUUGGGUCUGAAAUUUGAAGUUGUUUUUGAAAUCCGGCCUCGAAGUAAUUCAGGUAUCUUAAUGCAUGCACACAGUGUCAACAGAGAGUUCUUGAAUAUACACAUGAAACAAGGACAGGUAAUUGUAAAGCUCAACAACGGAAUAAAGGACUUUUCAACUUCUGUUAUACCAAAACAGAAUCUCUGUGAUGGCCAAUGGCAUAGAAUUGCAGUUAUUAGAGAUGCCAAUGUGGUGCAGCUGGAUGUAGAUUCUGAAGUGAAUCAUGUGGUAGGACCAUUAAAUCCCAAGGCAACUGACCAUAGGGAGCCUGUCUUUGUUGGAGGAAUACCAGAAUCUCUUCUCACAUUCAGCCUAACUACACGCAAUUCCUUUAAUGGAUGCAUCCGUAACUUUAUGAUUGAUGAAAGGCCAGUGAGUUUCAGUAAAGCUGCUUUGGUCAGUGGUGCUGUAAGCAUCAAUAGAUGUCCUGCUGCCUGAAAAAGUGACGAACUACACAACUUCAAGGAUCUGUACAGCACUGAAGGAGAAAACCAAGCAGAAGAAGCUGUGAUGUAUUCAAUUCUCAGUACCAAAGAAAAGAAAAUAUAUUGUUCAAUGUAUGUUUAUGAUAAUACAUUAUGCUUAUAAUCACUCCUGAGAAUUUGUUUCCUACCAAAGAAAAAGAAAAAGAAAAGAAACCCUAAUUAUUUGCAAUGCACCAUUGCAGAAUGACGAUUAUCAGACCAAACCUUUGCAGAUGUGAGUAUGCCUGAGCCCACUAAAGUAACAAGUUUAGACAUAUCUAGUUUGAUAAAGGUUUACGGCUGGCACAUGAAUCACCAAGCCUGAGUGUACUACUGAAAUAUAUAGUAAGUAAGAGUAGAGCUCUCAUUCCUUAUGCCCAGUUGUGCAAAGAUAGGGAAAAUACAUCUCUGUAUAUAUUUCCCUUGGGCAAAGAAUGCAUCUCUGUUGUGCACUAUUGGGAUUCUUCAUGCUGAAGCACUGUGUUUGAGAUGUAGGUCAAUUCUGUACAUGGUUUGUAUUGAAUGCAUCUACUGCAUGUUCCUUACAGAAUAAAUUUUGUAAUAGAGAAGUUUCAC